AUGAAAAUUCACGCACAUGGUGGCUCCCAAAAUUGUCCUGUCAAAGCAACACAUCCACUUGAUGAUUCACCAUCCUCAAAAAGUACCUCUUCAGCAACUGAGAGCAGCCAGUCCAGUGUAGAAAUUGCUCUGGGAAACCCUAUCCCAUCAUCCUCAUCAAGUUUAUCUGCUGAAACAGGUAGAACCCCAGGCCGUGUUCCAUGGCAGAAGAUGCCCCCACAGCUGAUGGCAGCAUUAAACGCAAACAAAAGACCAGCACCAAGUCUUCGCAAAGAAAUGAUUCCGAUCAUUGUACAUGAUCUGGACAAACCAUCUGCAGCACUUCCCCGUACAAAGGAGCUGCGUGCAGUAAGUGCCGAAAUAGUUGGGAGGUAUCCGGAUUCUUUUGUCGAUGAACUUGGUGGAGAAAAAAUCGGAACUGGCUAUGACAGCCCACUUUCACAGUUGGUCAACCGUGUGGACAAUAUAAGUGGUCCUUCAAUGAAGCGGAGAAGAUUCUCAACUGAGGAUGAAAUAGCUAGUGGCUCGGCAAAAAAGCCCCGGGAUUGCUAUGGUUGCAUCAACUGGCAACCCACAUCACUCCCAGAGGGAGAAACUGAAGAGAGUCAGCAAUUACUAAAAGAGGAGCUGAAGAUUCUCCAUGCAUCUGAGCCUAACACAGACAAAACCCGAAUCACGAAAAUGAUGUCAGCUACAUAUGCAACACAAAGAACAGUGCUGAACAAAGCCAACUGUGCUCUUCUGGAUGUUAUUGAGGACUGGCCCUAUCUAUUUGAUGAACAGUGCAUGCUAAUGCACUUCAAAGAGCUGGUUGGUACUGACAUAAUGCACAAGGUACAAGAAAGCUUCAAGGACAAAAUUCCCAAGAUGUUGCGAUUUCUUAGGCAGCACCCUCCUUGUCUACGAAACAGACAACUCCAAGAUACAGUCCAGCAACUUGAGGCAGCUUUUGAUGUUGUGGGCAACAAGUCACCACAAGUGAUUGGCUUGAUUGCUGUUUUGUGUGCCUACUUUGGUGAGGACAGGAAAUGCUACGUUCUUUCUACGGAGGAACUUGAGAAACCUGCUUUCAGCAAAGAGGAUCUGCCUGGUAACCCCUGUUUACUCGUGUAUGGAAAGCUACUGGAGGCUACCAAAUGGUCACUCUACUACAUAUUCAACUUGCAGUACCCAGCAAGCUCAGGGGGAGUUAUGGAGUUCAUUCAGAGGUUAGUAAAGUGA